UACUACGAGUCUCUAUCCAGCGAUAAUAAUAAGAGCGGUACCGCUACUUCUGCCAACAAUAGCGGUAACAACAAUAAAGUUAAAGCCGAUAGAGGAGGAUUUGAUUGGGACCUCAACGCCGAUCAGAGAUUGAAUCAGCAAACCAAUCGGACUGGGAACUUAUUUUCUUCCUCCAUGGGUUUGCAGCGGCAAUCGAGUGGGAGCAGCUUCGGAGAGAGCUCCCUAUCUGGGGAGUACUAUGUGCCUACGCUGUCUACUUCUGCGGGAAACGAGAUCGAUGCAUUUGGAUACGUUCAGGAUGAAGGGUUUAAGUUCGUUGUGGGCGGGGGAGGAGAGUUGAGAGCUAAAGCGGCGGAGGCGGCGGGCGGGUCGUCUUCUGGGAAGAGCUGGGCACAGCAAACAGAAGAGAGCUACCAGUUGCAGUUGGCGUUGGCGUUGCGGCUCUCGUCGGAGGCCACUUGCGCGGACGAUCCGAAUUUUUUGGAUCCGGUUUUUGAUGAGUCCGGAUUGAGAACAGCCUCGUCCAGCUCGGCAGAAACAGUGUCGCAUCGGUUCUGGGUAGGGUUAUCCCUGGUCUUAUAUUAAGAGUUUGAUUCUGUUUUGGAUAAUAUAUCGGGGGUGCUUGUGAGUUUGUUAGUAUCUCUUUGAAUUAUCUAUGAACUAUGCUGCACUUUAUCUUUGUAUUGGGAAUUGAAUGAUAAUCAUUUCAGGUUUUCUAAAAUGUAGAAUGCUCUGAGCUGAAGAGAUCUAGUUUCUAGAGUUAUUAAACGCACUAAUUAGAAUUAGGGGGAUGUGGUUUAAG